GCAGCGGGCAACCGGAAGUGCGAUUAGUGCGGCGGUGAUGACGCAGCGCUCGUUGAGGACUGCUUCACGCGCCUCGAUCGGUUGUGCUCGAGUGAAAAUGGCCUCGUCCUUCUGGAAAGGAGUUGUCGGUGUAGGCCUUUUCGCCUUGGCACACGCAGCUUUUUCAGCGGCACAGCACCGAUCCUACAUGCGACUGACAGAAAAAGAGAAUGAAACGUUACCUAUCGAUGUAAGUUGCAAUCAGCUACAAGACACUGAUCAUCUUGAAUCACAUGCAUGUGUUGUUUUCCUCGAUACAGCUUCUCUUGUGUUGUGUUUUCAGAUAGUGUUGCAGACUUUGUUAGCGUUUGUGAUCACGUGUUACGGCAUAGUUCACAUCUCAGGCGAAUUCAAAGACAUGGAUGCUUCUUCAGAGCUCAAAAACAAGACAUUUGACACAUUGAGAAAUCACCCGUCGUUCUACCUGUUCAAUCACCGCGGCCGAGUACUCUUCCGCGCUCCAGAGCAAGAGCCCUCCACUCCCAGCGCCCAGGCCUUGCCCUCCAAUCCCCUGCGGUUACGCAAGCUGGAAAAUUAUCAUUGAGACUGGCCUUCAGUGGGCUGCCUUGCCCGGUUUCAUUUUUUUAUUUUUCUUUCUUAAAUUAAUUUGUUCGCUCCUCAGUUGAAGGGGAAAAUAAGCAUAUUUUCCUGUCUAUGUAUAUGUGAAUAUGCUGUACAAACAUGCAUCUAUUGUGGUUACUAUUUUGUCAAUGGACUGUGCCAACUCCUUUUCCAGCCGAUAUGUUUGUAAAUACUUGUUAUUGCUUGGGAGUCUUAAGUCUGUAGGUUACGGCUGUAGCCCUCCGCUUGGCUGUCGCACACAGGGCACGAAUCCUGCCAUGUACAUUGUCGGUUUGCCAUGUUUUUGGCUGAACUGACCCUAACUGCAGUCGGUUCUUCCCUGUCCCCAUCUGAAUUGAGGUCAAUAAUGUGGACCAUACAUUGUAUUAGUGUUCAGAAGCGGAAGCUUUGAUUACUGAACUUCUAAUUUGAAUUCAUAAUACUGAAAGUGAUUAAAACUAUUAAAACAUGUCUGAGCAAGGCCACAAUAGAUUGUAGAUUAAUAGCAAUUCUAACAAUACUGUGAACACUCAGUGGGAAUGAAUGGUACAUUUUUGUUUGUUGAGGAGGGGGAGGGGGGCAAUAUUUUCUGAUUUAUUUCAUGUUGAGACACAACUCCUUAUUUUUACCUUAAUAAAAGCUGAAAUGUUCUUGAUGAA